UGGAUGAGUCAAUCAAAAGUUGAUUGGAGGGCCUGGUUCGGCGAUCGAUUGACGGCGCUGGAGGAGCGGCUGAAAGAUGGCGUCUGGGGCAAUGGGGAAGGUCCCGGUCCCAGUAGAUGGGGAUUGGGAGGAGGAGGAGCAGCUGGUUGUGGUGGAGCUGUCAGGGAUCAUUGACCCAGACUUCCUAUUGAAGUGUAGGAAUGAGUGCAAGAUUGUGGGAAUAGACACUGAGCAGCCAAUUAUGCAGGUGGACAGAUGCGUAUUUGCUGGAGAGUAUGAAGAUGUGCUCGGAACGUGCGUGAUAUUUGAAGAGACGACUGAGCCAGAUCCUGAGUUGGAAGAUAAGCCAUCACUCAAGUACAAAUGCCAUACGGCAAAGAAGUUGUUGAUGAAGCGAACUUUCCUGAGUGAGAAGAAGGAAGGAGAAGAGAGCACAGGAGGGGUGGAGUAUUUGAAGAUCAAAGAAAAUGAUUUCACACGGAGAGCUGGUCUGAUUUGCAGCUUCCUCCCGAACCGCAGCAGUUCAAAGGAUGAUGGCAGCGGAGUGACCUCCGAGGGGGCCCUCAAUUCAUUGGCAGUGCAGGACAAGGAGCUGUCUAAUGCCAGCUCAGGCUCAGAGGGUGAGACCAGUGAUCGGGAGAGCGCAGAUCUAAGCCGAGAUCUGGAGACCUUCACAGACGAGCAUCCUGGUAUGGGCUGUGGGAUGACAUCUGAUGCUGACAAUACUAUAAUGGAAAUUGGGGAACUGAGCUCUAAUGAACACAAUGGCAAGUGAGCGGCGGUUUACUUCUCUUUUCCUACUGAGGGCGACAUUCCCAACCAUUUCUUUUCAUUGGAAAUCCCCCCCACCCCCCUUUUCCUGAAGUUGCCGUUGGUUGCUGCUUUCCCAGUCCCACAGGCACGAUACGUUACUUAACUGUGGUAGCUGAGACUGUGACUGUUGGCAGGCUAUGCGACGAUAAUGUAUGGGCAGUCUGUUCCUGUCCACAUGCGUGUGCAUACACUAGCAGGAGUGUGGUUAUGAACUGGAGACAACGCAAGAAACCUUAACAACACUUUAUUUGAAAUAUUUUUGAUAUUUUGUAGUUGGAUGGAAGAGUAUUUUGAAUUAAAUGGUAUAUAUUCAGUGUCAA